CGAGAAUUCGCCCCGUAGAGGAUAGAGAGAGACUUGUGCGCGUUAUUGGUAUCCGUUUACUCCAACCCAAAAGCCUGGCUGGCAGCAGAUUCCUCGUCUAACAAAAUCCUAUCGUCAGUCCGGGCUUGAUGUUUACGACCCUUCCAAUUCCAUUCUCCGGUUCCAUCACUAAAUUCCUCGCCACCAACUCACGUUCCUUCGUUCCUCCCCUCCCUCGUCUCCACCUUCCCCUUCGCGGUAACCACCGGCCACCAGGAACUUACAGGUCGCUUAGUUGUGCUGAAAAUAAUUCUUCUUCUACUCUUCAACAAUAUUCAUAUAUGGAAUCUCUGAAAGAGUCACAGGAGUAUAAUAGUAAUCUUUACCCUCAUAUAGAACCAUAUAGUUCAGGGUUCUUGAAGGUCUCAGAUAUUCAUACAUUGUACUGGGAGCAGUCAGGAAAUCCAAAUGGGCAUCCUGUCGUAUUUCUUCAUGGGGGACCAGGUGCUGGUACAUCAGCCAGCAAUAGAUGUUUCUUUGACCCAGAAUUUUAUAGGAUCAUUUUGUUUGACCAGCGAGGUGCAGGCAAAAGUACACCUCAUGCCUGCUUAGAGGAGAACACAACAUGGGAUUUGGUUGAUGACAUUGAGAAACUAAGGGAACAUCUAGAGAUACCAGAAUGGCAGGUUUUUGGUGGGUCAUGGGGAAGCACAUUGGCCCUUGCAUACAGUCAAUCUCAUCCUGACAAGGUUACCGGUAUCAUUCUUAGAGGCAUCUUUUUACUAAGGAAGAAGGAGCUUGAUUGGUUUUAUGAAGGUGGUGCAGCUGCCAUAUUCCCAGAUGCAUGGGAGCCAUUUAGGGAUUUCAUCCCAGAAAAUGAAAGGGACAAUUUCAUUGUUGCAUAUAACAAGAGGCUGAACUCUGAUGACAUUGAUGUACAGAAUAGAGCUGCCAAAAUUUGGACUACAUGGGAAUUGAUGACUGCCCAUCUUAUGCAAAAUGAAGAGAAUAUCAAAAGAGGCGAAGACGAUAAUUUUUCAUUGGCAUUUGCACGAAUUGAGAACCACUACUUUGUAAACAAGGGAUUUUUGCCCUCUAGUUCACAAUUAUUAGAUAACGUGGAUAAGAUCCGGCAUAUAAAGACAGUCAUUGUACAGGGAAGGUAUGAUGUUUGCUGCCCAAUGAUGUCAGCUUGGGAUCUUCAUAAAGCAUGGCCUGAAGCAGAAUUCAAGGUAAUUCCAGAUGCCGGUCAUUCUGCUAAUGAACCUGGAAUUGCCGCCGCUUUAGUCGCUACAAAUGAGAAAUUCAAGAGUCUCUUGAGAUCAGGUGCAGCUUGAGAUUAUUAAUUCUAAAAAAUUUUAUUAUGGGAUCGAACAAAGAUGGGUCUUUCCAAUUCUAUGUAUUUGGUAGCAACCAUUGUUCUGCUAUUUGUUGCUAUGUGAAUAAUAACAACAAAUAUCAUUAACUAUGACAGGUGAGCUGUAAUGCCAUUUGGCCUACAGCUUCCAACAUCUUGAGUGCUUGCAGUUGCAAUGCUUCUUUCUAAGAGUUGCAUCUU